GGACGCAAAUCAACAGGUUUAUUUCAAAAUAAUAUUAUAAUUAAUGAGAUUAACAGCUAUAUAGCCCGUUGGACUUGGACUAGUUCCGGGUUUUAUUAUUAUUAUUAUUAUUGCAUAAAACAACACAAGUUUAUCAUCAUGAACAGAGUUUUAUAUAAAAGCGCUGCCAGUUUUUACUAACACAGUCAAACAACAAACAGAAAAAAAGAACAAACAAUAGAUAAAUAGUGCAAUUUUUUUCUCAUACAAGUAAAAAUACUUGCAAAAAAAAUGUCUGCAUCCAGACGACUGUCGUCUCUCAUAAUGGGCGCACCCGGAUCGGGCAAAGGUACGGUGUCCGAAAGGAUCGUCCGAACGUUCGAUAUGCUGCACGUAUCCAGUGGCGACAUACUGCGUAAAAUGAUCCGCGACAAGACCGAGCUAGGCGUCCAAGCCGACAAGUUCGUCUCAAACGGUCAGCUCGUGCCCGACGAUCUCAUGUUGAAAAUAAUCGGUUCCGAGCUGAGGCGGUUGUCGUCGGCCGACAGCAGUUGGCUGCUGGACGGAUUCCCCAGGACCAAACCGCAAGCGUUGAGUCUGUUCGAAAUAGCUCCGGUCCAGGUGGUCAUCAGCCUGGACGUGCCGUUCGACGUCAUUAUCGAUCGGGUCAAAGGCCGAUGGAUUCAUCCGGCCAGCGGACGGGUGUACAAUACGGAUUUCAACGCUCCCAAGGUGGCCGGGCGCGAUGACGAAACCGGCGAGCCGUUGGUUCAGCGCGAAGACGAUAAACCCGAAUCGGUCAAGAGACGACUGGAGAUUUAUUCGCAAAUGGCCGGGCCCAUUUUAGAAUUCUACGGCCAACAAAACGUUUUGGCACAAUUUUCAGGCAACACCACCAACGAAAUUUGGCCAAAAGUGUACGAGUAUUUAGCGACAAAAAUCGAACCCAAAGAAAAGCUUUAAAGGGUUUAAAUAAACUACCAAAAAUGUUAUUUUACAAUUUUUAAACAAAGUCUGCAAUCGUUUUUCAGUGUUAUCGGUUAUAUUUUUAUGAACAAUACCUUUUUUUUGGUUUUUAGCACAAAUCGUAACGCAUUCGAUUAACUUUAUAAAUAUAUAUUUAAGUAUAAAUAAAUACAUUUAUUCGAUUAAAAUAAAA